AUUACAAACUUAUCAUCCCCUUGCUGACCUUUCAUUUCACUUCUCUUGACGAAGAGAUAAAAAAUCAUAAAAGUGCUUAAUUUUUUGGUUUCCUAGUCACCGUAUUGUAAAUAUGACAAAAUUCCCAACUUCAUUGAUGUAAAGCACAUUAGUUUAAGUUGUUAAAGUCAAUUAAGGUCACCUAAAUUGUGAGCUAGAUAUAAUUCGAACGAAAUUCCAAAGCAAAUACAACUUUUCGGGACCAUUUUUUCGUCGUUGCUUUGCUUCCUACAUCAAUAAAAUGUACAAACAAAGUUGCACCAACUUGCUUGACCUUCCAGAAGCCGAUGUCAAGAAAUGGCUUGAUUCCUUUGACUCAGUCAUAACCGAUUGUGAUGGUGUUGUAUGGCUCUUCAACAAUCCAAUUGAAGGCAGCGUUGAAACUAUUAACAAAUUCAAGGAAAUCAACAAAAAAGUAUUCUUUUGCACAAACAACUCAACCAAGACAAGAGGGGAACUUCUAGAGAAGGCUAUCCGGCUGGGAUUCAAGAUGAAUGAGGAUGAGAUCAUUUCCACAGCUCAUGCCGCUGCGGCUUACCUUAAAAAUCGCAACUUCAACAAGAAAGUGUUUGUGAUUGGCAGUGAGGGAAUCACAAAAGAACUCGAUGCCCUGGGAAUCGAUCACAAUGAAGUUGGUCCAGAUCCCAUCACGUCGAACCUUAAUCAAUUCGUAUCGGAAGAGCUGAAGCUAGAUACCGGAAUAGGAGCUGUGAUUGUUGGUUUCGAUGAGCAUAUUAGUUUCCCAAAACUAACCAAAGCUGCCUCGUACUUAAAUGAGACCGAUUGUAUUUUCCUAGCAACAAACACCGACGAGCGUUUCCCAAUGCCCAACUAUGUCAUUCCCGGAACCGGUAGUAUUGUUAAAGCUGUUGAAACCUGUGCCGAACGAGAUGCUAUUGUUAUUGGAAAACCAAAUCCAAACAUUUGUGAGUCACUGAUACGCGAUGGAAUUAUUAAGCCCGAAAGGACCUUGAUGAUUGGUGAUAGAUGCAACACGGAUAUUUUGCUAGGAACAAAUUGUGGAUUUCAGACACUGCUGGUCGGGUCUGGAAUUCAUCAACCUGAUCAUGUGAAAGCUUGGUUAGAGGAAGGCACCGAAGAAGCCAAAAAACUAGUUCCUGAUGUUUAUCUGCCAAAGUUAGGGGAUCUUUUGAAAUUUAUGUAAAUAAAUUCAAUACACACUUCAUGCAGCAGCUUUGUUAAUUGACAACAAAACAUUAUUGAGCAUUGCAUUUCUAUUUUUCUGUUAAUUAUGUUUAAGUUUCAAAAGAGUUUAUUUUUGGGUGUUAAAAUGCUGUUACAAAACAAAAAUAGUUUAUGAUAGAAUAAUUUGUGUAUGUUUCUGGAUGAAAUGAGGCUAUAAAAUUAUUUAUUUUUUUAUAUCCAUCAUCAUCAAUCCCAUUUUGCGAUGUUUUACUUUAAGAUUGCAACAUGUUUGUUUUUAUUGAUAAUCGUUAUUAACGGUUUCGAAAAUCGGGAGAAAACUGUCAAAUUGAAAUUGGAAGAGAUUAUUCAAAGUCAAGUGUAUGCAUUGUGGGGUUGAUUUUUGUUUUCUGUUAACAUAGUAACUUUGUUCAUAUUAACUAUCUGCCUACGCCAUAAACAUGAAUCAAUAAACAAAAUGUCAAUUUAAA